AAAGCCCAAACCCAACGAUCAAGAAAGCCCAAAUCCAACGAUCAAGAAAGCCCAAACCCAACAAUCAAGAAAGCCCAAACCCAACGAUCAAUGAAAGUACAGACCCAAUGAUCAACGAAAGUACAAACCUAACAAUUAUCGUAAUUCACAAGCUCAGUAACAAAGCACCUUAUUUGACUAUCAACAAAGGUAAAGCUGAUAGAAAAGAACAAACUGACUGUUUGAAAG